UCUUACAUUUUACGGUACAUACUUGGGUUAUUUAGGAAAGGUGUUUUGUCAGAGAUGUCUAAACCUCUUUUACGGUACAUACUUGGGUUGUUUAGGAAAGGUGUUUUGCCACAGAUGUCUAAACCUCUUUUACGGUACAUAUUUGGGUUAUUUAGGAAAGGUGUUUUGCCACAGAUGUCUAAACCUCUUUUACGGUACAUACUAGGUUUAUUUAGGAAAGGUGUUUUGCCACAGAUGUCUAAACCUCUUUUGCCGGAUUGUUUCUUUAGUUCAACAUGUUAUGAAUUUUCAUUUCAGUGCACAGUGUGAAUAUACAUGACGGUUAAAUGAGAAAAAAAUCACAGCAAUUAGAUAAGAAUAAAUGUGUCGUUAAUCUGAAUUUUUAUUGGCGAAUAUAUGAGACAUGAUAUAUUCUUAUUGUCUGUUAAUGAGCUGCAUAUUCCUAGUUGGUGAUAAAGCAGCAGCUGUUUCAAAUGACGCUGCAUUCACUGAAGUCCUCACUCGGUGCCUGCUUGAAUCGUCACUAAACAUAGACUCAAAGUACAGCUGUAGAAAUGCCAUCUGGAUCGUUGCGAUUCAAUUUCUUCUCCAUCAGAACCUAGAAGCAUGUCCACCAUUAAAACAACAAGACCUGCUGGCCUUCUGGAACAUGGACCCAUGCUGUACAGUUCAACCUUCGCACACCAUUGACCAGUUCGGGUUUGGAUGUUUUCGCGGAUGUGUGAAAAAGUGCUCGACUUCAAGAAAGAUGUGUUUCAACCCAUGCUUAACCCAAACUCACAAUCUACAAAAUUGCAUCAACACGGACCCUCUCCACUGUGACGUAAAUCCCAUCAUGCAACGCGUCGGAGGUCAGCAUUGCUUCAGCGGAUGCACACAAUAUUGUGAAUGAUUGAACACUAAUUUCUCAAUUGUCAUUCAAAAUAAAAUUUAGAUACAUUUUUAGAUCUGUAAUAUA